CAAAAGCCUCAAAAAUCAUAUCCACCUUAAUUAUUAUUAUUCAAAGUAAGCGAACACCCUGUACGAGGGUUGAGGCAGCCGGCUUGGCACGAGCCAGGGCGCCCACCCUCCGUCAGUCCACUCCCGACCGUUCUACAACGCGGACCGCGCACCCCUAGCCCGAAAAAUACGAAACUAAACUUUUCACAACCCUAUUUUCAAAAUAAAAAUAAAGUGCCGAUAAAAUUUUUAAACAGCCAGCCUACAUUCUUUUCUAAAUUCGAUUUUUAAAUUUAAAAAAGUUGAUAAACUUUUUAAAAGUGUAGGGGUGUCGCCGGCUGAGUCAGCGAGGAGCGAUACAGACAAAAUAUAUAAAUGGAGGCGGAAAAUGUUUCCUGCUUUUGCAAAGACUUCCUCUAAGUAAUAUGGAAGCCACGUUACCAAAUUUUCACCGGCUGUCGACUUCAAGAUUUUACCAACAGUAUGCUGCUCCACCAGUCCGUAUAUCCACAAAUUAUCUCCACGACCUGAUCCCACAGCAGCAUCCGACUCUUCUGCAGCAAUAUUUAGCCUAUUACAAUGAACCUCUCGUUCCGCUUGACCUAUCCCUUAAAUCUACUAUCCCUAUUACACCUCCUUGUACACCUCCGCCGGCGCAAAAAAGAAAAUCUCCAGAUGAAUCCAAACACCCAAAAUCACCUAAAAUAUUCAGGCAUUUUGAGGACAAUGAUACCAAAGAGGAAACUGAUUCUAAAUCAGAGAAAAGAAAAGUUGACGAAGAAAAUUCAAACGACAGCGAUAGUCCGGAGGCGAAAAAGCUUAAAUUUACCAAACAAUUUUUCGAAGAACUUAAAACUUGUUUGCCGGUUGAAAACGAUACACCAACAAAAAGCGAAAGAAGUUCUCCGGAAGUUGUUGAAGUCAAAGAUGUUGAAGAACGUCCGAAAAAAUCCGGAAAACCAACGCAACCAUUAAAAAAGAGCAAAGCAGUGCGAAGGUUGAUGUUCGAUGAAGACAAGACAUCUCCCGUCUCCGGAACCAUUAUAAGAGAUCUAGCCGAAGAUGAGACUUUAGUCGUUCGCAAGGGCGACAUAGACCCCGCAUUCAACGUGGUGGAGGUGACGGAUGAGGCCAAGGCGCUGAUAGCGAGCAUAGAUAACCGCCUGGGCCGGUACAUCUGCCGGUUAUGCCGACGGCUGUAUGGGGACGCGUUCGCGUUGGCGCAGCACCGAUGCUCGAGGAUCGUGCAUAUCGAGUACCGGUGCCCUGAGUGUGAUAAGGUGUUCAACUGCCCCGCAAACCUGGCGUCUCACCGCCGCUGGCAUAAGCCGCGCGUGCCCGGCGCGGCAAAACGCCGCGAGCCACCGACGUCGGAACCUGGGCGGUUCCCGUGCCAACAGUGCGGCAAGCUGUUCAGGCGACAGGCGUAUCUUAGGAAGCAUAUGCUGGCUCAUGAACAACCGGAGGAGAAAGAACCGUCGGCGUUCAAGCAAGUGCGCUCCGAGUUCCCGGCGGCGUAUCAACCGCAGGAAGCCCGCGACAACAACUUCAACACCUACUGGAACAAGAUCCCCGCACCAGCGCAGGACUUCAACUGGGAGCGUCGGUGCGCGUCCUCUUGCUCGUCCGAGGACUCGCGAAGCCUAGACGUGACGGGGUCCGAGGAUGAGGACGGCGGCGGGGACGGCUGACGACGCGUGCUGCGGCCCGUGCCGCGGUUCCCCGUCUACGCUGCGAACAUGUACCCCUAUCAGUAUGUGCAUGAUAAUCCGCAGAUGUACUUUUCUUAAGGACUUGAUAAAGUUGGAAAUACAUGAUGCCGUGCGGCAUCACGCGGUUAAGCGUGUUCUGCGGUAAACAAACGGUGAUUGUGAAUGUGGAUGGCAAUCGUUUCAACUUCAACGGACGUAUGAGUUCAUGAAAAUUGCGUUGUCGAAAUUUUAAAACUUAAAAACUCCUUCACAAGCCUCGAAAUAUACAAUACAUCCAGUAAAUAGGUAGGUACUU